CGUCUUCCCAUCACACGUCAUUUUCACAACUUAUUUUUUCCGUACAAAAAUGACUUAUCUCGUCAGUAUAAAAUAAUUUUUUUUUGUUUUUAAUUAUUUUAUUUAAGUUUUAUUAUGAUUGUGUAUCGAAAAUAUUGUUUAUUUUGUACCAGUUGAACAGUGAACGAAUUAUUUAUCGUAACAAAAGUGUAAUUUGGUAUUAAAUUGAGUGAAAAUUUGUCUUUUUCGUUGAAACAAAACUGGACUCUAAGAAAAUGUCGAAAACCAAAAUCAUUCAUCCCCGAAUUGAUAAUGAAACAAUCGAGAUCAAAUCAAAGUUCGACGCUGAAUUCCGCCGCUGGUCAAUGAAACGUUCCGAAACCCGUGUGUUUGACGAUUUUCAUAAACAAGUGGAAAAAUUGCAUCAAAUGAAAAAUCUACAAUUUCUCAUAUCGUACAUCGAUCCGCGGGACAAUGAUCUGCUUCCGAUUAACAACGAUGACAAUUUCAUCAGGGCUAUUUCAACAGCAAAACCGAUUCUAAGACUUAUUAUCCAAAGGAAAGGUGACAGUCUGGAAGAAAUGACCGGAUAUGGAACGAUGAAACCACGGAAUAUUAUCAGCAGUAUUUUAGGUCAAACGCCAGUAAAAUCGAAGUCCUUAGCAAUAUCGAAUCCGCACGAUUUUCGUCAAGUUUCAGCCAUUAUCGACGUUGACAUUGUACCAGAAACGUGCCGUCGAGUUAAACUUAUCAAACAUGGCAGCGAAAAGCCACUCGGAUUUUAUAUACGUGAUGGUACGUCCUUUCGUGUAACGGCAAAUGGACUGGAGAAACAACCAGGAAUAUUUAUUUCACGUCUCGUGCCUGGUGGUUUGGCUGAAAGUACAGGUCUAUUAGCAGUUAAUGACGAAGUUAUGGAAGUGAAUGGAAUUGAAGUAGCCGGCAAAACGCUUGACCAGGUGACCGAUAUGAUGGUAGCAAAUAGUUCCAAUUUGAUAAUCACCGUUAAGCCGGCUAAUCAACGAACAUUGGCCACACCGCGACGAGGAUCGUUUUCGCGGAACAGCCAGGUAUCGAGUGGUUCGCAGCAAUCACAACACACCAACAAUACAAACACUUCCGAUGAAAUCGAUCAGGAUGAUCAAGACGAAGUGGUCGAUCUAACAGGUACAUUGGACGAUAAUAGUUUGAUAAACAAGAAGGACGGUGUAUUGCAUUUGUGAACAAUUCAACAAUCGAUUUUCAUUUCAUUUUCUAUUCAUUUUUUUUCUUACUCACAUUUUUCGUUUGUUUGCCGCUUUCAAAGUGUUUAAGUGCGGUCAGGAGUCAUAAUUUUCUUGUUGUUGCUUUUGUUUUCGAAAAAUCGAGAGUUAAAGAGUCAUAAAGUCGCGCUGAAAGUAAAUAUCAAAUCAAAGAAUUAGAAACGGGAAAAGGAAAUUGAAAGCAAGACAUAUCAGUUAAAUGAAUGACGCUACUUAAAAAUAAAAUAAAGUCGCUGCGCUCGCAAUUGGUUCAGGAGAAAUGGCUUAUGUUUUGUCGAAUAAUUUAGAGUGAAAUAAAAAUCGUCGUACAGUCCGGAACACGAUUUAUCGGGGAGCUAAUGUUGAAAGAAAUUGAAGAAGAAAUUUUCGGAGAGAACCUACUGUUAUUUCAAUCAACUUUCCUACUGGUGUAUGCAAAAAAUUACAAUAGCUCCUGUCAUACAAAAUGCUGGGUAGUCCAGUAUGUGGCCAAUUCGGGCCUGAAAAGAGAAUGCGCGAGUGGGACUCAUUAAUAUUUCAUUUAUGACGAAAGUACUCGUAUUUCCACUGCCAUGAAAAUACAGGAUCUGGGUUUAAAUUUGAACGAUUCUUCUGUAAAUGUGUAGUGUAGUUUCGAGUGCAAACAUCAGCUGAUUGAUUCAGAGAGAAUCACAGGAAUCAUGAGAAUCACGGGAAUCAUGAGAAUCACGGGAAUCAUGAGAAUCACGGGAAUCAUGAGAAUCACGGGAAUCAUGAGAAUCACUGUAAUCAUCAGAAUCAUAUGAAACAAGCUAAAGCUUUUGAAUUAUUUGGAAAAUCCCAAAACUCUUAUAAGUUAUGUUUGUCCCACUUAUCAUUGGUUCGAAGACCAAGCUACCCGUACCCAUGGACUUAUUUUUCGUAAACAUUUUACCGAAUUUUCCUUGAUUUUUCCAAAUUUCUCUAAAAUGGUGAAAUUAAGGAAAACAUUUAAAAUAUAAGAAAACGAGAAAAUUUUAGAAAAUAUUUAAAAAUGUUUUCCUGACAAGUUAUUGUUCAACAAAGGUUUUUCCUGAUUUCACCUUCUGAGCGUUCUUAAUAAUGCCCAAAUGUUGCCGAAAUUUUAUCGGACUCAAAGUGAGGAAAAAUCAUUCUAAUUGUCAAUGAAAAUCAUCGAAAUUAAUUAGUAUCCGGAAAAUACCGGAAUAGUCCUGAAAUCAAGAAAAUUUCUGAGAAUCAGAAUAAUAGGGGCUUUCAGAGGCAUUUAACCCUCGACGUCAUUUUAAUACUGGAGCAUUAGAAUUUUUUUUAAAUGAUAACAGCAAAGGGCCAUUAGAAUUGUUGCUAGAACCUGGAAAUUUCUAGAAACAUUCCAGUGUCUACCUCCUUCCAACAGUAAAGAUAUUAAACAGUAAAUUGGAUGGGAGCUCUUUCUCUCGGCUCGGGAUUAAUAUUCUACAAUCGUCUCGUCAAAGAACGAUUUGAUAGACGUAGGAUAGUAUAAGUCGGCUGAUUUCAUUAAGAGAGGGUAUGCACAUAGGCUGUUGUCGUUGUGUUUAUUACUGGAAGUAACUGUAAUGCAUCGUCCUACAUGCUGUCGAUUCCAGCUAGAAAAAUAGAGGGAAAAUCUGGUUUCUAAAUGGUUUGCGUUCAGGGUAAACUCUUUAUUAAUAAAAUUACCUACGAGACCUUACUCAACCUUAAAUAGCUCGUGGAUCACCAUAUAGCGCUUGAAUAUGUUACAUUCUUUUUUGUAAUCGAUAAACGAAUGACUAGACGUGUACAAAAGGAUUCAUUGUUCUGAUUGUCCCAGUAAGUACAUAAACCAUAAUUCAUUUUCUCUGAACUAAUGCUGCAAGUGAUGAUGACAAAAGACUUUCGUGUUACUUAAUUCUUCGUUAUAAUAUUUAAGAAAGUAGUGCCUUCUCACUAUCAAUCAAUAGAAUUGUAUUUGAUAUUUUAGAACUGUUAGAUAAUCACUCAGAAUCAAAGCAAUGCUAUAAAUAGAAAAUAAGUUUUGAAAAAUAACAAUAAAUUUGGGGAAUAUGUUGCCCAAUAUCUUUAAUUAAUUUCAGUGAAAUAAACCUAAUCCAAACCUAAUAUGUGAACCGUCCGAUAUGAAAUAUAGUGAGGAAGA